UAUGAUAUGGUGGCAAGAUCUGAUUGGUCCAGCAUGUGUGUGAAUUAUUAAACAACAACGUGAACUCUCUUUCACUUGCAGCGCCGUUGAAAGCUUGUGGAGAGUCAAAGCUAAUCAGUUCAGUUCAGUUCAUCGCCGAUUAAGGCUCAGAGAUUUAAGCAUUUCAUAUCAGGAUGGAUCUAAGUAAAAUGAAUCCUAGGCAGCUCACUACGGUGGGAUCGGCGUUUGGCGCUAUGCUUUCGAUGCAUUUCACCACACAGUUACUGUCUCAGCAUCUCUUCUAUUGGAAGAACCCCAAAGAGCAAAGGGCUAUUAUCAUUAUCAUCCUCAUGGCUCCUAUCUAUGCAGUUGUCUCCUUUGUGGGACUGUUGGAUAUUGAAGGAAGCAAGGAGUUUUUCACUUUUUUGGAGUCUGUUAAAGAAUGCUAUGAAGCUCUUGUCAUUGCUAAGUUUUUGGCUUUGAUGUAUAGUUACUUGAACAUAUCAAUUAGUAAAAACAUUGUGCCUGAUGAGAUUAAAGGCAGAGAAAUUCACCACUCUUUUCCAAUGACCCUUUUUCAGCCUCAUACUGUUCGGUUGAACCACCAUACUCUGAAGCUUCUAAAAUAUUGGACAUGGCAGUUUGUUGUCGUCCGCCCCGUGUGCUCCAUUUUGAUGAUUCUGUUACAGCUAAUUGGUCUAUAUCCAACUUGGUUGAGCUGGACAUUCACCAUCAUUCUCAACAUUUCUGUGUCAUUGGCCUUGUAUUCUCUGGUGAUCUUUUACCAUGUGUUUGCUAAAGAACUUGCUCCACACAAACCUCUUGCGAAAUUUCUGUGCAUCAAGGGAAUUGUUUUCUUCUGCUUUUGGCAGGGAAUGGUUCUCGAUGGUUUAGCAUCAUUUGGCAUCCUUCAAUCUCUUCCUUAUAAAUUAGACGUGGAGCACGUUGAGGAAGCAAUGCAGAAUAUGUUGGUAAUCAUAGAGAUGGUUGUCUUUUCUGUUCUUCAGCAGUAUGCUUAUCAUGUCGCACCAUACAGUGGAGAAGUUGAAAAAAUGCUUAAACAAAACAAGAAGAAUGAAUGAUAUGGUCAAAAGAUGAAAAGGCAGGCUAUAGCGAUGUAUUUAGGAGUUACUCACCUUGGCGGUAUAAACAUGUAAACAUUGAUACCAAGUAGAUGUGUCGUUUCUAUGAAGAAUAUCAGUUUAUUGUAUAAGGCCACCUUUCCACCACCACUACUCCUUCUUGGUUGCUGUAUUUUCCCAAUCUUCUAAUGGAACUUAGCUCUUGUUUCGUUACUGGCUAUCCACUAUCUAGUGGCUGGUGAUUUUCUUAGGAUGAUUAUUUAUGAUUACUGUGUCACAUACGUUUACGGUUUAAAUCAAGGGAAUGAUUGGUCAA